UGCUCUCUCACUCGCCUUGAGUACGAAGUAUGCGUUUACAUACCGGAUUGGUGAUAUAAGCUAACCUACGAAGUUCUGCCUUUCUCCUUACUUCGUACGGAGAUCUCGUGCUGCUUCGACUCACUGCCGAUCAAUGGCUUUGACCGCCGGAUAAAGACAGAAGCGAUCGCCAAACGAUUCGAGGCUUCGCCAAGCAAUACUACGCACCGACUGACCCUCCCCAUAAUAUCAUACCUAGAUAUCACAGCAUCGCCCGCAAGGGCCCUUGCGAACAGCCGCGAUGCCUCACCCUCUUUGAGGUCGGUCGUACACAUCCCUCGAAGCAGCUCGCAGGGCCCUUGGCACAGUGGCUGGCGAAGAGGGCCAUGUAAUUGCUGUGAGGACGUCGAAGGCCACGGGGACUCCAAAGCGCGUGAGCGGCCAUGCUGCCAUCCCCAACCAUCGCCGGCGGUUAAUCCAGCAGGCACGGUCAGAUAUCAUGGAGCUGUCCAACAGCGGCGUGAAACCGAGAGACAUCCUCCUCACAUUGGAAGACUCGCUACCCCGGCGGCGGAAGGCUGUCGUUGUUGUUAUUGUGGACAGCGAGGCAGCAGCCGGCACUUCUCAAAUUCUCCCGACUGAUGGACGCCCUCCGAAGCAAUACAUAGGUAAGGACGCGGCGCCACCGUUUAGGUUGCAGUCCCGACUGGGCCGCAUCGGUGAGACGCCCACAGUCCCGAUGCGCUGGGGCAAACUGGUGCACGGGACUCCCGCAUCACCCGUCGCCUUCUUUUUUCCACCCGGCCGACGUCAACGUCAAGAAAUGCAGGCUGGGGGCCUCGGCGAUGUGCCAUGCCGGCUGGACCGGUCGACGUUGGCGGAAGCCCAGAUUCCAGUUCUUUUCGUUGACCCCAAUAAUCGCCCGGGUCGUCGACAUAACCCGUCGGAUGUCGUUGGAGUGGAUUCCGGGAAGACCUCAUUCGCGCGAUUACAGAAUAGGAUCGGUCUCUCGACUCAUCUUUCGACUUCCGUGCCCUUUCAAGUUGGGUGCGUGACUCAAGAUCCGACGUCUGACGUUCGACGCCCGACGAUCAGAGCAAGGACGCGGCAACCUUGCCUACCGAGCUUCCAUCUGCUGUUCUCGCCUGAUAUUCUGUACAGCAUGGUCUUACUUACUGCCGCCCCUCUUGAGCCCGUCUUGGUAUCUUUGAAACAUCGUCCUCUCUGCGGGGUGUACGAUCAUGGGUUUUGCCAACUCUCACAACCUACAUGGCCCAUGGCAUGGCCUGGCCUGGUCAAAGGUCAUCAUAAUUAUACCGAUGCACAUGCGAGCAACCUUCCAGACACAGGCGACCAAACCCACUGGAGAAGUCGAGGUCCCGCUUCGGCCCUUGCGCGCUGUGAUCGUAUCUUCACUGGUGAGGGGCAACGAGACUUCAAGGAGAAAACCUCGGACCGUGACCCUGAACGCCUGUUCGUCUGCUCAUGA